AUGGACAAGGUCCUCGUUUCGGGGUUGAAGGAGCUGCGGAUUGGGAUGAUAACAUACAUCAAGGAACACGUCGCACGCAAACGGUCAGGCCAUGUCGGAGUUGCUGCCGAUGCCUGUGACGACGACGCCGCGGAGCCCCCUUCGGCAUCCCAAGCAGUCGGUGUCGCCGACACCAGCGGAGAGGCCGGAGACGGCGUCGACAAGGCAGAUGAGGAGGCAGAAAGGGCUGCGGCGAGGACCGCGGAUCAGGAAGAGGAGGAGGAGGAGGAGGAUGACAGCGACGAUCAGGAUGAUAACGAGGAGGGUCGUGAGGAGCGUGAGCAGGGGCAUGGGCAGGAGGAGGAGGAAGAGGAGGAGGAGGAGGAGGAGGAUGAGGAGGAGGAGGAGGAGGAGGAGGAGGAGGAGGAGGAGGAUAAGGAAGAGGAGGCUGAGGAGGAAGAGGAGGAUGAGGAGGAGGAGGACAAGGAGGCGGCGACGGCGAAGGCCGUGGAGCAGGGUUCCGGGUCGGUGGAGCAGGUGGCGGAGGGGGAGAAGCUGCAAGAGGGGGAGGAGGAGGUAGAGUUCCCCUGGGUCGAAUUUGAGAUGGAGGAUGUUGAGGGAGCGGCGGCGGUGGCCGUGGAGGGAGCGGCGGCGGCCGUGGAGGGAACGGGUGGGAUGUCGGCGGAUGUUGUGUACGUGCGAGGGGAGGGUGCCGAUGUGGAGAAUGUCGGCGUGGAGGAGGCGCACGUGGUCGGCAAUGUGGUCGGCGACGCCGCGAAGGAGGAGGAUAACGCCGCGGCCCCCACGCCGACGGGCGUGGAGACCACCACAGAGAACGCAGUGGUGGAACGCCGGGGUGGAGCGGUAGAGGCGGGCCGUCAACCGGGUUCCUCAGCAGCUGGUCGGCAGGCAACGCCGACCGACGUCGCGCAGCUGCGACAGGAGAACAUGUGGCUGAGGGCUGAAAAUGCUCGUCUCGAGACGGCGCUCGGAGUGGAGAGGGGUCGGGUGGACAGGUUCGCGAUGGGGAUUGGCCGCCUCGUGGACAAGCUCAGGUCGUUGGCCGACCAGUCGUACGCGGAGAGGGCGGAGUGCUGGUUGGACGAUCUUGAGAAUCCGGAGGGGUUUAUGGCGGUGCAACGUGCGAACGCGGUCGUCGCCAUGGCCAACCACGUGGACGAAGCGAGGGAGGGAUUGGAGGAAUACAUUUCGAAGCACCUAGUCGCCGCGCAGACCAACAUCGCCGCAGCGGUAACUCAACGCGUCGCCGUCCCGCCGCCCACGCCGCCCGCCCCACCGCCAGCCUUCCCGGACGAGCUCAUGAAGUCUUUCAAGGCGGACGUGUUGAAGGCGGUGACUGAGGCCACCCAGCAGUCGUUUGUUGCGUCCGGGUUAAACCUCAUGACCCAGGUGAUCGGCCAUCUGGCGCCUGGUCAGCAUGGGUCGUCGCCGUCGGACAACGAGGCCGACAAGAAGGGUGCGAAAAGGGCGGGCGGCGGAGAUGAUGCUGGGAGCUCGAAGCGGAGCAAGGGAGCCGAUGGGAGCCGCGGCGUCGGCCAGGUGGGUCCAGGCGGGGCGCGGAGCAAGGGAGCCGAUGGGAGCGGAGGUACGAGCGUGGUGGACCAGCUCAAGAAGAACGGGGCCAAGGUGAUAAGGACGCACAGCAAGGGCGAUGGAAUCAGGAGUGCGGAGGGGGGCCCUGCCGACCAGGUUGCCGCUCAAGAGGCUGGACCAACAGCCCCGCCAUUGGUCGCCGAGAAGCCGGCCAGUCCAGCGACCGCACCAACGGCGAUAGAUGCCGGCGCCAAAACUGUCAAGGGACCGUCCGGCGGAGUGGCGGGGACCACGUCGAUCCCCCGCAAACCCCCUGCGGCUAGCAGCGCGCCGGUCGCCCCGUCAGCCGCCAACAACGAUGGGCCGUCCCCUGCGGCUACUCCAGCACCAGCAGGCACGUCUGCCGCGAAGGUUGACGCGGUUGAUAACCGCGCUGGUCCGUCCGCCCCAAAGGCGAACGCGCUCAGGGAGAUGCUCAGCCGCAUGGAGACCCAUCGACAGGACGUGCAGCAGCCUCCCGUGGUCGGUACCGCGCCUGCCACAAGCGCACGUCGCUCGGUCACUCCCCAGGUCGCCGCCACAACGUCCAGUGCCCCACCUACCGCGCCUAUCAUCGCCGCCCGUCCUCCUGUGGACCCAAAGUCCGCGUUGCUUCGCGCCCGGUUAGGCGCACGUAGUGCGGCAGCGCCAGCACGGGCUCAGCCGGUAUCCAGCUCAUGCGCGACGCCGACGUCGGUGACCGUAGCUGCACACACACUCGGUGCGGCUACUGUCGAGGCGGUGACGGAGAAGGGCGUGAGUGCAGCGCUAGCCACGGGCGGCAGAUCAGUUGACCCUGCACAGGCGGCGAAGGACCACAAAGACGCCGAUGUCGCUGCCAUCCAGGAACUGUUGGAAGCGGUAAACCGCCCCAAGCGGCCCCCUGUGCUGGCCAUCUUGGACUCGGCGAGUCCCACCGGUUCUACAGCGGAGCCAAAGACGACCACUGCUGCGGUCGGCACGGGAAAGUCGAAACGGAAGGGGACGGUCGACGCAGGGAAAGCGAGGCUGAGCUCGAAGAAGAAAACACGGGCGACGUCGGCGAUGGUGAAGUCGGUGGAGAAAGGACAGGGGAUGGCGACGGCGAUGGUGGAGAAGGAGAAGAAGAAGGAGGAGAAGGAGAAGGAGAAGGAGGAGGAGGAGGAGGAGGAGGAGAAGGAGAAGGAGAAGGAGAAGGAGAAGGAGAAGGAGAAGGAGAAGGAGAAGGAGAAGAAGGAGAAGGAGAAGGAGAAGGAGACGGAGGAGGAGGAGAAGGAGAAGGUGGAGGAGGCGGAGGAGAAGAAGCUGGAGGAGGAGGAGGCGGCGACGGAGGAGGAGAAGGUGAAGGUGAAAGAACGGAAGGGUCAUGGCAUCCGCCACGACACGACGGGCGACAAGCAAGGGUGGGUGGGCGAGAUCAAGGUGGUCGGGAACGAGAGCAGAUACAUCGGCAAGUCCCGCGACAAGAUGGAGCUGGCGUACCUUCACUCCAUUGUGUACCUCCUGUACGACGGUUUCGUCAGCAAGAUCCUCAUGGCCGAGCUCACCGGCCUGGAGGAAACAGUGAUGAAGCAGUGGAGGGUGGUGUGGAAGGAAGUCCGGUUCUUGCCGACUGGGAUGUGGACGGUGAUCUGGGCACGGGGCGCGUUCCUCCCAAGGACACGGUUCGACGACAUCCUCGGGAAGUAUAGAGCGUACAAGACAUCAGGCGAUGCGCACCACGACGCGCUUUUGCCCGCGAUCUGGUUCCCCGUCGAUGCCGACGGGAAGUCGGAUGCAAUGAUGUCGGCCAUGCUUGAUCGCGUGUCCUUGUGCGCGGCGUAUGGGGAGGUCGCUGCAUCCGCGGCGAGAAUGGAGGGCGACACGGACCAGAAGACGGCGAAGGUCGCACAGGCGCUGCCGGCCUCAGCUUGCGCACUGUGGUGCUUAGUCGAGGGCGACGGCGCCCAGGUGGCUGAUGCCGUCCGCGAAGGGAAGGCGGCGGCGAUGUUGGUCGGCGCCAGCGAGGCUACCGCCGCCGAGUUCAAGAAGGUCAUGUCGGCGGUGCUGGAGGCGGCGAUCAGCAGGCAGCAACCCCUUGGGGAGGUUGCGCACAACGUCGCACCGGAGCUUGAGUCCACCGCUCUGGCCAGAGCCUAUCCGGGGUUGGAUGUUGAACCCGAGGCCAAACUGAUCGCACGAGCGACAGUGGAAACCCUCGCGUUCUGGGGGAUGUGCCCCGUGGAUGGGCCGAAACUCAGGAAGAUCAGCAUCGCGGUGCCGCUGGAUGCGCAGAUGGAGUACGACAUCGAGCACAGGGGGAGGAAGAGGCCGAGGGGCAAGCAGGGCAAGGACAGCUCGGGGAAGAAGGGGAAGGGCAGAGCGGGCAAGGACAGCACGGCGGCGUAG